UGUCAGCUCAGUGGUGAUUCAUUCACUCAUUAGUUGGCUUUUCAUCUGUUUUUUAGCAAUACAUUCUGCUCAGCGAGCAGGAUGAUGGAAGAACCAUUGAAUCAGGCUGCUUCACCAUCUGGUGACAGCAAUUUCUCAGGAAGUGGAGAAAUAAAUACACCUACUAUAGUGACUUUAGAUGAAAGACUAUUGGAAAUUAACACACGGCAUUCAUUAAAUGUUCUUCGAACUCCACCAACUAAGAAAGCAAAGAGAGUAAGAUUUUUUAGAAAUGGAGAUAAAUUUUAUACCGGUAUUGUGAUGGCUGUGACUCCAGAGAGAUAUCGCAAUUUUGAUAGUUUAGCUUCAGAUUUAACAAGAGCUUUAUUAUCAAGUGUUACUUUACCUAACGGUGUAAGGGCAAUUUAUACUAUGGAUGGGCAAAAAGUUCAGAAUAUUAAUGAUUUGGAAGAUGGUAAAUGUUAUGUGGUUUCUGGACAAGGUGAAAUUUUUAAGAAAGUGGAAUAUUCGUCCACUAAAGUAAGAAGAGGCAGUUCUUUAUCUGGCCUACCACAAUCUCCGGCAGGUACUGGUAGACAAAUAAGUGCAAUACCAUUAUGUGUUAAAGCAAGAAUAAUUACAUUAAUCCGACAUGGCACAAAACCACGUAAAGUUGUACGUCUUUUAUUAAACAAGAGAAAUGCUCCAAGCUUAGAACAUGCAAUGGAAGCAAUUACAGAUGCAGUUAAAUUAGAUUCUGGAGCAGUAAGAAAAGUUUAUACAUUAUCAGGUCAACAAAUUAACUCAUUAGAACAGUUUUUUGAAGGUGAUGAUAUCUUUGUGGCUUAUGGCCCUGAAAAGGCAAGCCAAGAAGAUUUCGAACUAGAUUUUGAGGAAUCUAAAAGUGUUCAGAGCUUUAGAAGGUAUCUGUGGUCAUCAAAAAGACAAAGUGGUCCAAUGCCUAGAAUGCCACGUAAAUCUGGAAAAAAGGUGCUUACUACACCACAAGUGCGUCCACCUAGUCCUUUCACAUUGAUUUUGCCACAACCAUUACGUUUACAUUAUACAGUUGGUCGUGUAAUUGGAGAUGGUAAUUUUGCAAUUGUUAGGCAUUGCACUCAUAAGUCUACAGCUGCAGAAUAUGCAAUGAAAAUUGUAGAUAAGUAUAAGUGUCAAGGGAAAGAAACAAUGUUGGCUAGUGAAGUGGCAAUUUUACGACAAGUUUGUCAUCCAAAUAUUAUUAGCUUGAUCGCGGAGCAAGAGACCGCUGAUCAGUUGUUUCUGGUCAUGGAACUUGUAAAGGGUGGAGAUUUAUUUGAUGCAAUUGCUGCUGCAACAAAAUUCUCUGAAGCAGAAGCCAGCGUAAUGAUUGGACAUUUAACAUCCGCAUUAGCUUAUUUACAUAUACACCAUAUAGUUCAUCGCGAUGUUAAACCUGAGAAUCUUUUAGUAGAGAUGGAUGGAAGUCAUGUUAGAUGUUUGAAGUUAGGUGACUUUGGAUUAGCUCAAGUUGUAAGGGAACCAUUGUACACAGUUUGUGGUACACCCACGUAUGUAGCACCGGAAAUUCUCGCAGAAACUGGAUAUGGGUUGAAGAUUGAUGUAUGGGCUGCUGGGGUAAUAUUAUAUAUUUUACUCUGUGGUUUUCCACCAUUCGUGUCACCUGAAAAUGAACAGGAAGAAUUAUUCGAACGUAUUCUGAGUGGCCAAUAUGAAUUCACAUCCCCGUAUUGGGAUAAUGUAUCCGAUUCUGCCAAACAGCUGAUUUCAAACAUGCUUCAGGCACAACCUGAAUUGAGAUUCACCGCAGAAGAUGUACUUGACCAUCCAUGGCUAGCGAGCUUUCUAGGAGGCGAGCAGACCACAGUAUCAACCCCUACCAACCCGUCGGAGCAACACUGGAAUCAGCAGUGUAAGCCGAUAAGAGUAGCAACUUUUGAGUUCGACUUCAAGAAUCAACUACAGCACGGCAGUUCGCACGACGAAAUUGAUGGUAUACUCGACAGCAAAGAAAGCAAGUGGAAUGAAGUUUCGUCAUCUGUAGAAUCAGAAAGUAUUGAAUCACAACAUACCGUUGGUCGAGAUCGACGAAAUUUUACUCUCAACGAAUGUGACUUUAACAAUGGAAAUCGAAGCGAUGAUGAACCUGUAUCUCUAAGUGCAGAUUGUUUACAAGAUAUUCAUACUCUUAGUCAGUCUAUGAAUAAUCUCAUAAACAAUUUAAAUGAGAAACAAGUUCACGAAUAUCGUUUAAAAUCAUCGAAUAGUGAGACUUCAUCUCGGAGCAGUAUUCCCGAAAAUCCAAUGUUAAUACGUUGUUAUCAAAAUACAACGGCGGUUCAAAUUACUGUGAAUUGUGAUACAACUCCAGUUGAAGAAAAUAUAUAUUCUUUCAAUGAAAGAAAUUCCUGUAGUGAAAUUAAUUCUAGCGUGCAGAGUACAUUGGACAUAUCAACCAACAGUAAUGUGUGUACAUGUGAAACACCUAAAUCCGUUAAUUUAAGUAUUAAUAAACAAAAAUAUAGGCGAAAACAUCUUUAUGAAAAUUUAAUACUUUCUGACAAUAUUGCUCCAAAACUUGAAAACGAUGACAUGAAAAAUUGUAAUAUGAUUUUAUCGUCGACUUGUAGUUCAACUGGUAGUUCCAGCAAUGAUAUAGAAACAUCGGAUAGUUUUGUUAAUAUUCAGUUUGCACAAUUAACACAGGAGCAACGAUCGAGUUCGACUCAAAGUAUGGAGUCAACCGAUAGUUUCGAAAAUAUUUGCUUUUCUUAUAAUCGGGAACCAAAGAAUGAUAAUAUGCGUGAUCCAAAUGAAAAUGGUUCUGUAAAUGAGCAUUCACAUCUGAAAACUUCAUCAUUAACGAACCAGGAUAAGUCUGCAACGAAAAUAUUACAGACACCAACAGCAUUAAAAAUGAUUGCUUCGAAGGGCUCCAAAACGCAGAAUCUUUUAAACAACAAGAAGACUUUAACGAAAACUCCAGAUGAAUCGAAAUACACGAAGAAUGAUGUAAAACUUAGACGUGAAAAGUGUACACCAAAAAGUAUUACGGAUUCAGGGACAACGGUAAAAAAUAAAAGAUUCAGUUGUUUCCUACCAUCCUCCACAAAGAAGACGCCCGAGUCUGUUUUAGUCAGUGAUAAAUUAACUUCUGUUACUACCAGAAUAAGUCGAAAAUUUAGUUCUACCGACGAAUUACGAGACGAGAAACAGAAGCCAACGGUAAAGUCCAAGAGGUUCAGUUUAUAUUAUACUCCACAACCGUCGCGGAAAAAUUAUGAAAGCGAUAUGAAGGCUGCGAGAAGUGCGUGUAAAAAUGUAUCAGCGAAUCGCGGUGAUCGGCAAAGCAAUGGAAGAGCAUUGGAGGUAAACAGAAAGAAAGAGAAUGGUUCAGAACUCGAUGAACAGAGCACUGUGAAAAGUCGAAGAUCAGUUAUGGAUAGUACAGUAGUUGCCACGAGAAGUAAACCUAUUAAGCAGAGUGCUCAUGUCAGGUCGACUGUAAAUCCUACUGUAACGACCAGUAGGACAAAAUGAUCGUAAUUAGUUGUAUUUAUAUAUCGGGAGUUAACUAUCGACGCGGGACUAAUCCGUCGAAAGAGUCCAAAGUUGUAAUAAUUAUUAUAAUGUAAGUGCAAAGUCGAUUCAACCAAGAUGGUGACUCCAUCUGUUCUUAGAUUUUGAACAUGUUGAUGUAGUGGUCAAUAAUUCAGAUUAGAACAUGCGGGCUUCGCAUAUAAACGAGACAUGCCAAAUGCAUUUAAGUAGUUUAUUCUAUAUUUGAUAUCCAUUAUUGUACGUAGUACAAGUAUCGAACUGAACUAAGUAGCAGAGCAAACGAGCUUCGUUCUUCGACGGGACAUAAGCAAACAAUGAAGCGCAAUUGUAUCCAAGAAAACUGUAUUAACGAUGCACAAAAUUCUUGUGGCAAGUGACAGAGGGCGAUAGUGC